UUUAUAUAUUAGUAUAGAUAAUAUACGCUUCAUAUCGAUAAGGUGUUUGUUAUGUUGCUAUCCAGACUUUAGACUAGCUGUACUCUGGGUCGACUCCAGGAGUAAAUAUUUGUAAGGCCUACAGAUGUUUGUUUACGGUCUGGGUGAUUGCCUAUAUGACACAGAUAUGUGCACAAAAUGUCUGGUAACACACCCAUUUCUUUGUAAUGAAUAUCCUACCAAUAUUAUAAACAAGAAAGUUUUUGAAUAUGUAUGGAUGUUUCUUACUCUCUUACGCAAAAACUACUGAACUUAUUUUGAUUAUAUGUGGUAUAGAUAUAUGUACAUUAUAAGCCCGGAAUAAAUACAUAGUGCACUUUUUUUUCGAAAAGGUUUAAGCUUUACAGCGACAACAGAUAUCUGCGUAGACGAAGCCGUGGGCGACGGCUAGUAUAAUAAUAAUUCAAAGCACAAAAUAAAAAAAAGGUUUUUAUUUUUUUUAAAGAUAUUCCUGAGUUCGUAUUGUCCAUGUGGACGUUGAAACGGAAUCUCAAUUGCAGCAAUUAAGAAUCGAUUGUGCUCAGUUAAUUUAUGUAAAUCUUUGUGAAUAUCAUCCGUAAUAUAGAGGAGCCAAUUAAACUAGUUAGCAUGUUAAUUAGCCCAUCUCUAUUAGAGGUAUUGAUAUCAAUAGCGUACGAUCAUUACCGUUUGAUAUUUCAUUGUUUUUUUUAAUGGAACAUCAUUUUGUAUCAUUCUUCAUACAGCUGUGACAGUUGAAAUGUUAAGUUUGUAAAUUAUUUAUUCUCAAAAUAAAUUCGAAUAAAGUGGCAACUCCCUUUAUGCUCAUUAGAAUCUCUCAAUUCGCCGAAACUCGUUUCCUUGUAACAACAAAAUAUUUAAACCAAUAACGUGCCCUCUACCUUGGUAAAUUAAAUUUAACGUUCAAAGAAACUGGGGAACAUUUCGUUUAAUAAAUUUUUGAAGACUACUACAAAAUUUACGACGAAAAAGGGAAACUGAUUCAGUGGGAACUUUUAAAGGAGUAUCUCUUUGCCAUUGUUUAGUCUGUAUUACAUACUUAUUCGCACACAAAUCUUUGUAGGAAAUUACCAUUCAUAUUUUAUCUAGUUAUGUGAUCCGCACACCAGUUUUACCGAAUAUCCAACAAUGCAGAGGAAUUCGAAGUCGGAUGUUUGUGUUCGCAACACUGAAUGUUUUACGUAAUCAUUCUUAAAGUGUGAGACUGCAACAAAGUUAAGUUUGAACUCGACUCAAACGUUUCAAUGAGCUGUUUGUAUGACUACUUCUGAAACUGAAGCAAUUAAGAAAGCAUUCCUUAAUUGAAACUCUUCAUCUUGACCGACUUUCUUGCCCACCAGGUACUUUAAGGGUCAAAGCUGCUUCAAGACAAAAACCUCAUUUGUAGUGAUUAAAACUAAAUUAAACACAUCGUGUCGUUUAAAUACCAAAUCAGAUAAGACCAUUGAAAAUGAAACUCGAAUGUAAAAUACACAGUCGGUAUAAUAAAUGGCGCACUCGCUGUCUAUAUUCACAUUUAAAUGCGUGUAUCUUAUUUCUCGUAGUUUUAUCCGUUCCAAGUGUGGCAUUAACUCACGUUAUCUGUAUAAUAAGGUAUCGAGUGUCGGCUCCUAGGCGCACACGUGACCAACUUAUCCAAUAAAAUCGCUAAACAGAUUGUGAAAUGAGUACAAUUAAUGCAUCCUGUAGUCGUACUCGGUUCACGUAUAUUUGGUACUUGUUGGUACUUGCUUUACCGCUGUCUCGAGUACUUAGUUGUCAGGUUACUACGCAACGUUUCUACCAACCGUUAAGCCUCGUUUACACUCAGCCUGAGUGGGCAGGGAAGUGAGCAGGGAAGUGAGCAGCGCGAGAGUGUAAACACGAUACUUCCCAUGCUAUUGCCGCAGCCACUCGCGCUGCCCAGCGCUCCCUUGAUUGUCGGUUUUUCGUGCGCGAGUCAAAGGACUGGCAGCGCGAGUUGCAGCGUGUGUUUACAUUCAGCCCUCUCGCUCACUUGUCGCCCGGCGUUCUGAGCGGAGUGACGUGUUGCUUUUCAAUUCUCUGUCCAAUUCUAUACGCCAGCAUUUACUAUGUCGCUAGAUUGGAGUAAUGAAAAAGUAAUACAGUUCUUGGAGUUGUAUGAAAGUGAACGAAUAAUAUGGGAUCCACGCGAUAAAAAUCAUAAAAUGAAGCAUAAAGUACACGAUGCGUGGAAUCGCAUCAGUACUCAAAUGAACAAUACUCCAAUAGAAGAGCUAAAAUCGAAGAAGAAAUCACUUAUGGCUACAUUUCGACCACUCUUAAAGAAAAAGAAAGCGUCUAUACGUUCCGGAGCAGGUGCUGAUGAUGUGUUUCAGCCAAUAUGGUUUCCUUUUGAAACUAUGGAAAGAUUUUUAGGCACACUGUAUGACGUGGAAGAAACAAUUAACACGGAACAAAGGAAUUAUCAAGCUGAGCAUGAGGCACAAUCUCCAGAUGUCGAACCGCUACUUCAAUCACCACUACCAUACCAGCAAAUCAGUUCGCCGUCACAGUCAGUUCCUUCGCCAUCACAGGCAGACCCAUCAUCGACACCAGUAUAUAAUAGGCCAAAAAAAGGCAAAAAAAGACCAAUCCUUGACAUAGAUGAGGCUCAAAAUAAAAUAUCUCAGACUUUAGACACUUUGAACCAAGUGUUAAAAGAUAAAAAUACUCAUACAAGUGAAAAGAAUGAAGACGAGUGUGAUCUUUACGCGAAACUCUUAGCUAAAAGAUUACGAAAAUAUCCCGAGUCAAUGCGGGGAAGAAUUAUGUACCAAAUAGAUGGGUUAUUUUUGCAAAAUCCUUAUCCAACCAUCGACCAUCAAGUUGAUCGACCAUCAAGUGUCUUCUCAAAUCGUUCAUCGGUAACGUCAUCGCAAUCACAGUAUUCAGAUUAUCAAAUCACAUCAAACCCACCGAUUCAACAAUCUCAACUUGUUUAUAUUCAACCAACGGUACAGUCUGACACACCAGUAGAGAUCAGAGAAAUAAGCCAGGAAAAUAAUGACAUUUCAGCUUCUCCACGCCAAAUGAUGCUACAAACUUCAUCAACACAAUAUGUCUUGCCACCAAGAGUACUGUCCAGAUUACCGGAAAGACGUGUUACACCUCAAAACCAAAUGAAUGUGAUAGAAAGAGCCUACUGGGAUGCUAGCCAGAAUUGAAUUAUAAUUAUUUUAUUUGAAUAUAAUAAAACAUAAUUUUAAAAUA